GUUGCAAUACAAAGAUUAGCUACUCGACGUAUUGUUUCGCAGAUGUGGGGAGCACACUCCCAUCUGCGGCGAAAGGGCGGCGGUGGUUUGAAGCCGAGAAAGAAAGAGAUGAGGAGGAAUAUGUCGGUGUGAAGACGUUUUCUUUGUGUCCACGACAGCGGAGCUCGUGUCGCCUGGCGUGUCUCAUCAGCCACCUACUAGCCUACUUCCCACCUUUACCACCACUGUAGAGGUAGCCAUGGCAACCAGCGCUGUGCCAAGUGACAACCUGCCAACAUACAAGCUGGUGGUGGUGGGGGAUGGUGGUGUUGGGAAGAGCGCCCUCACCAUCCAAUUCUUCCAGAAGAUCUUUGUGCCAGACUAUGAUCCCACGAUAGAGGACUCGUAUCUGAAACACACAGAGAUAGAUGGGCAGUGGGCAAUACUGGAUGUGCUGGACACAGCCGGCCAGGAGGAGUUCAGUGCGAUGAGAGAGCAGUACAUGAGGACAGGAGACGGCUUCCUCAUCGUCUUCUCUGUGACAGACAAGGCCAGCUUUGAACAUGUCGACCGAUUCCACCAACUCAUACUACGGGUCAAAGACAGGGAGGCCUUUCCCAUGGUGUUGGUGGCAAACAAAGUGGAUCUGGUCCAUCUGAGAAAGGUCACCACUGACCAGGGCCAAGAGAUGGCUGCAAAACAUAGUAUAACUUAUAUCGAAACCAGUGCUAAGGAUCCUCCAAUGAAUGUCGACAAAGCUUUUCAUGAGCUGGUCCGUGUUAUAAGACAACAGGUCCCAGAGCGAAACCAGAAGAAGAAAAAGAAGAUGAAGUGGAGAGCAGAACGUUCCACAGGUUCCCACAGGUUCCAUUGUGCCAUAUUGUGACCUCCCUCGUUCCUCUUUAUCAUUCUUAACAUACACACACCCACACGCACAGCCACAUACCUUUGGAUGUCAGGGAACUCCCCAGCAGUGGUUAGCAACUGGAGCACAAAAGGGAGGGGAGGGGGGGCGGGGGGCGUCGCUGAACGGCUGUAUGGAUCCAGAGGGACACAAGGACACGUGAAUCUGUAAUGUUGGACUGAUGUCCCCUCAGCCCUUCACAACGCCUUGGAAUGAGUGCUAUGUCCUCUUCUCCUCAAUUUGUGGUCCCCAUUCGAAGAUCUCUUGAUCCCUCCCACCUGUAUUCAACACAGAAUUACAGUGUCACUGAACUGUUUUCUCAAUCAAGUGUAAUUGUGUAAUGUAACUAUCAAACUUGGCACAAGAUGAACACUCUGAGGAAAAUGAGACAGAUAUCAGAAUCACGAAUGGCGCCUCAUAUUUUACAGACCUCCAACAACCUGCUAGUCAUCACCUUUCUGUCCUCACACUCCUACAGUUUCUUUGAGGAAAGCAACUGUGUGAUCUCUAGAUAGGUUUGUCUGUGUUCUCUCUUUGUAGAGUGGACAUCAUAAGGGCAUAGUGAAUGAAUAUGAGAGUGGUGACAGUAUUUUUUUUUUUUUCCAUAGUGAAAAUAGAUGUUGUGUGGUGUUGUGGUUGAGUGAGCUGCCGGUUCUGUGAGUAUAACAUGUACCUUGUGGUCAUGUGAUGCUCUGGCUGUGGGAUGUCAGUUCAGAGAGGAUGGAAGGACGUGUUGUAGCAAGUGAAAGAAAUGUGACGUGAUGCUGAGAAAAUGUGUCAUAUCGAUUGACAGGUGAAUGCUAUGGCCAUAUCAGCUUGUUGAAUUAGUGUUUAAAUAUUAUAAUUGUAAAGGAGAGCGAGAUUGGUCGGUGUAUGUGGUCACACUUUAAUGUAAACAUAACAGGGUUUUUAUCAACACUGAGGUGUCAGCAGCCAUGUUUACAGACACUUAAAGAGGAUUAUUUUCCCAUGAAUACAGAAAAACAGACAUGAGAGCCACUUUACAAAAUAAUUAUGUUUGGUUUAGGUUGCCUCUUCAGUCAUUUUCAAUGGCAUGAUGUGUGCAGUCUUCAUCAGUACUGUACUGAAAAAUAGCCCUAAUAUAUAUAUGUACUGUAUAUAUUUUUCUUCCUUUUUAGUCUUAACAGAAUCUUCAACACAAAUUACUUUCCAUGUUUUUUGUAUCUAAAAAUAGAGAAAAUUACAAUUAUAUUUGUGAUAUAAAUAAAUCUAAUUAUAGGUGGCAAUGUAAACACAUUCAAUGCUGUUUCACAAAGGAAAUUCUUAAUGAGAUAGAAUAGAUAAGGUAUAAUGAGAGCUUCAUGUUUCAGAGCUGAAACAGGCUGGAGAAGCUGAUUUGCACUGGCCACUAACCAAAAUAAUGUGAUGUCACUUUAUUUCAAUCUAGGGGCUUUUCAGACUGCACCACUGAAUUCAGGACUAUGUGGUAAGAUGAAGCACGCUCAGUAAAGGACGAUACUCCUUCAGAUUGGGGAUAUAUAUACUGUAGCCCUGGGAAUACAUCAGAGUGAGAAAGCCUUCCUGACCACCAGGCAGAUAAAGCCAUGUUAACCCAGCUACAGACUAUGUUUAGUUGUAGGAAAACCACACACUCGAAGCAACAAAACAUUCAGUAUAUUCAUGUUUGUAGUCGCGAGGUGGAUAGGAAUGUACAAUUUAAAAACCUAUAAAAUGGCUUGUACUGUUAACGCACUAAAGUUUCGGUGGACAACUUUUUUUGUCUGGAUGAAUACCGUCUCUUGAAGGAAUACAUUUUUGCACUUUUAAUACAAUUUCUGACUUUCCUAUUGGCAUGUUGUUUUCUGUUCAAAUCUGUAAGUGAAACGAAAGGCACGGUCAGAGUGAUUUGAAUGUAAAAUCAAACAACAAAACAAGCAAAUAGGCGAUUAACGUUGUAGCCCUGUGUGCCUGUGUAUGCCUGUUGCCUUGGCGAUGAUUGUAACAGAGAUUAAAGAAGUUUUAAUUGAAACAUGUGAAAGGUAUUGAAAGAAAAGUUCCAUAUUACUCUGUUUUGAAUUAAGAGGGUUGAGUGUGAAAAAAUCUCAUAUAGUGAAUGGCAUACAACUGCACCUCAACAUGAAAGUGGAAAAUCAACCUCAGCAAACGAUGGAAUACAGUAUUAAUCUGCAUCUACUGUUAAAGGGACUUCACCAAGAGUUUCCGAGCAGGACCGAAAACAUUGAAUUCUGAUCAUAGAGCAAUGAAGCAACAGACUCUGGAUUGUGGGUAGAGAAAAAACAACAACAAACAAACAAAAAAAAAACAAAACAGAAUGUGUUUGAUGAAAAUGUUGCAUCAUGUAUGUUUGAUACCAUUUUGUAUUAUUGAUAUGAAUUAUUGAUAUAAUUCUUGCAAAGUGUUUUUUAAACAACUGAAUAAUUUAUUACUGUCUGUUACCUCAGCGUGUCCCAGACCUGGACAAAAAAAAAAAAAAAAAAAAAAAAAAAAAAAAAGCUAAACUCCCCUGUAUUUUCCUUUCUUUCUGUCUUUUCUUUUUUUCUUUGGGACUCUCACCUCAUAUGAAGAGACUUAUAAUGUUUUUUGGACCAAGAUGAAGAAACUGAAUUUGGUCCUGAGCUACAAAAAAAAAAAAAAAAAAAAAAAAAGCUCAUAUGGAAGGCCUCACAGUAACAGGAGGGUCAAAAUAAGAAAAGUUUGUCAUCCCUCUUGUAAUUUUCAAUAUGUUUAAUUCUUUAAUGUGAAAUUCUAUAAAGUAAUACUUCAGCAUGUUGGGAAAUACAUGUAAUCGCUGUCUUGCCAAGAGUUGGAUGAGAAUAUUGAUAUCACCGUUUUAUCUACACUAAAUAUGAAGCUACACCUAGCAGCCGGUUAGCUUAGCCUAGCAUAAAGAGUGGAAAUAGAUGGAAACAGCUAGCCUUGCUCUGCGAAAUGUAACAAAAUCAGCCAACCAGCACCUCUAAAGCUCAUCAGUUAGCAUGUUAAAUGUCAGUUUUAUUCACACAAGUUUCGGUCUUACCUCGGUUUAUGCCCUGGAUAAUUUCUUACCUUUGAACAGAGCCAGGCUAAUUGUUUCUCCCUGUUUCCAGACUUUAUGCUAAACUAAGCUAACCAGCUGUCGGUUCAAUCUAAAAAUUUGCUGCACAGACAGGAGAUUGGUAUCAAUCUUUUCAUCUCACUCCCAGCAAGAAAGCGAAUAAGCACUUCCCAAACUAUUCCUGGAAGCUGACCGUGCUCUUGUUACCUUACUCGGAUUAGUUAUCAUGGCUGGUACAAAUAAACCUGCUGAUUUUCUAUAUUAUGAUGGUUUUAUAUAUUUGACCCUGGAUUAUAUGUGAGCUAAAUUGAGCACUUCUGCUCUCAAUAAUUGGAGAGGUAGCAUACUUUUUCAAAUAGACACCAAAUAUUGUUGGGGUUAUGCAACUGAUUGGGGUUGUGUAUAUCCUGAAACUUUGUCAGUGUGUAAAGGGCCGUGUAAACAACAACAACAGAAAAAAAAACCUUUGAACUUUUCACACCAGUUGUGUAAUGUGUGUCUUUGGACAGGUCUGUUGUGUUCUAACUGGCUGUGUCAGACUGAGGAGCUAGACGAGGCACAAACAAACUGUGGCCUUCUUAUCUAGCCUCAGGGUUCGAUUAUAUUUCAAUAAAAAAAAAAAAAAUUAAAGUAUUGUGACUUUA